AACCUCAAACCGUGUAUUAAAUUCACCCUAGAACCAGAUUUCCAAAACAAAAUUCACGUCUUUUUCCUCUUUGUCACUCUCUCUAUUCCCCCCGUUUCAUUCGCAUACUUAGGGUUAGGGUUUUUUAUUGCGAUUUUAGAUAUUUCCUUAUUUACUUCUCUUUAACUUAGGAUAUUUAAUUUGGAUUCCGUUUCGACUUAUCUAGGAGUUCUCAUCAAUCCGUGGGUUUUAAUUUUUCUCUUUGUUCUAUCGGAAGUUUCAAUUAUCCCUUUUUCCUUUAUCGAAUUCAGAUAUCUCAGUCGUGUGGUUUCUAAACAAUGCCUCCUAGAACCGUGAAGAGAGGAGCCGCGGCCGGUGGUCCAAAGAGAACGCCGAGGUCCACUAGAGGGGCGUCCAAAUCCGAGAAUCCACCAGCGGAGCCUGUACACGAGGCCGUGAAUUCAAAGGAGGCUUCAGUUCCAGUUGAGGAGGUCGUGGAGGCCGUUAAGGCUGUUGAGAAAUCAACUCCGGAGCAAAAAGUGGUGAUCGAGGAGAAAGGGGUUGUUGAGGAGGAAAACACCGGUUUAAAUUUGAAUUCCAAUGGGUUGGUUGCGAUGAAGAAAGAGAAUGACUCUAAGGAGUCUAUCGAGGAGUAUGAAAAAGAUGAGAGGUUAGAGUUGGAUGAUAAUGAACCUGAAUAUGAAGCUGAAGAAUAUGGUGGGGUGGAUUAUGACGAGAAGGAGAUGGAUCCUGAUGAAGUGGAAGAUGAAGUAGAGGAAGUGAUUGAGGAGGAGCAGGAUGGUGAGGACGAAGAUAUUCAUGAAAUUGAAGUAGAAGGUGAUGCCGAUGAUGAUGAGCAUCCUGGGGAGGAAGCAGAGCAUGCAGAUUUGGAUGAUGCAACCGAGCAUGAAGAGCGACAUGAAGUUGUUCAAGAGAGACGCAAGCGUAAAGAGUUUGAAGUGUUUGUUGGGGGCUUAGACAAGGAUGCUACCGAAGAUGAUAUCAGGAAAGUGUUCAACCAAGUGGGUGAAAUUGCUGAAGUUAGGUUGAUGAUGAACCCUCAAACAAAGAAGAACAAGGGCUUUGCUUUCUUGCGAUUUGCAACUAUAGAACAAGCAAAACGUGCAUAUACUGAACUUAGGAAUCCCGUGAUUAAUGGAAAACAGUGUGGUGUUACCCCAAGUCAAGACAGUGACACCCUUUUUCUGGGUAAUAUAUGCAAGACAUGGACAAAGGAAGCCUUGAAAGAGAAGUUGAAACAUUACGGAGUUGACAAUGUUGAGGACUUAACAUUGGUCGAAGACAGCAACAAUGAAGGAAUGAAUCGAGGCUUUGCAUUUUUGGAAUUUGCAUCCCGUUCAGAUGCGAUGGAUGCUUUUAAGCGCCUUCAACGGAGAGAUGUUUUAUUUGGGGUUGAUAGGCCUGCAAAGGUUUCUUUUGCAGAUUCCUUCAUCGAUCCGGGUGAUGAAAUCAUGGCACAGGUUAGGACCAUAUUUAUUGAUUGCCUGCCUCCUUCUUGGGAUGAGGAUCGCGUUAGAGAGCUACUAAAGAAGUAUGGGGAGAUUGAAAAGAUUGAACUUGCCCGGAACAUGCCAUCUGCUGACAGGAAGGAUUAUGGUUUUGUCACAUUUGAUACUCAUGAUGCUGCUGUCACAUGUGCUAAGAGCAUUAAUAAUACCGAGUUGGGCGAAGGAGACAUCAAGGCGAAAGUUAGAGCCAGGUUAUCGAGACCACAUCAAAGAGGCAGAGGUAAGAACGUCGGCCGUGAUAGUUUCAGGUCUGGGCGCGGAUCUGGACGAGUAGUUAGGGGUUCAUGGGGUCGUCCUGAUUCACGUGGUUUUGCCCCUCGUGGGAUGCGAGGAAUUAGUAGCCGUGCCCCUCCACCUAGUCUAAAGAGGCCUGUUGGACUAAGAGAUAGACGUCCUCUCAUGUCUGCACCAGCUAGAGGCAGGCCUUUAUCACCUCCCCCUUCUAGAUCCUAUGACAGAAGAGCCCCCGUUAUGCCAUAUCCAAAGGGUAGUUUAAAGAGGGACUAUAGUCAACGCGAUGAGCUUCCUCCUCCAAGGAGCAGAGAAGUUAUGGAUUAUGGAUCUAGGGUUUUCCCUGAUAGACGAUCCACAUAUAGAGAAGAAUAUUCUUCUCGCAACUCUUGUUACUUUGAUUUGCCUAGAACCACAUCUCGUACUGCAGCGAGAAGACCGUAUGGAGAUGAUGCAUAUGCCCAAAGAUUUGAAAGACCUCCUCCUAGUUACCGUGAGGGGCGUGGCCGUGAUUAUGACACUAUUUCUGGCUCAAAAAGGCCAUAUCCUGUUAUGGAUGAUGUCCCUCCACGAUAUGCUGAUGAUGGUCCAAGGCAUUCAAGGGCUCGUCUAGACUACGAACUUGCUGGUGGUGCUCCUCCAUAUGUGGAUGCAUAUGGUGAUAGGCUUGGGAGAUCCAAUCUAGGAUAUGGUGGCAGCAGGAGCUCUAUUUCUAGUCAGGACUCACAUGGGCUAUAUGCCAGUCGUCAGGGCAUGGGCUAUGGUGGAGGUUCGUUUAGCAGCAGUGAUAUUGGUGGAAUGUACUCGUCCUCUGGUUAUGGUGGUGAUUACAUGCCUAGGGGAUCUGAUGUUGGUGGUAGCUCCUACUCAUCCAUGUACUCUAGCCGCGGUAUGGGUGGUAGCAGUUACAUGGGUGGUGGGGGUGGUUCUGGGUCAUACUACUGAUGUAAGUCAGAUUGUUUUUAUCCCUUUACUUUUGGUGUUGUACUCGUGGAGGUGUAAUAAUUAUCUUCAGCAGUAGUGUGCAUUUUUAACGGAGAUUAGGCUUCUUGAAGAAGUUGGUUUGUAUGUCCUGAGAGGUGUAUUAGCAAGGUGAAUUUGUCCAUGAAACAGAUUUCAGAGACAGUGAGGCUUCUGUAGGGUGUGGAGCAUUUGAAGCUUUGGUUUUGGUACCCAUGGUAUUGGAUAGAAGCAUGCCAAGUGCUAUAGCCUCCAUACAUUGUAGUACAAGGUUUUUUGGCAUAAGUUCAAUGUGAAAGAGGCAGCAUGCUGGUUCAAACUGUUUCUAGUUUCACAAACAGGUUAUUUGUGAUAGUGAGUAUUCAAGUUUAUGGUGUAAGGAAAACUAAUCUCAGUUAGAGAUGAAACGGCAAGUGCUUAGAAUAUGCUGUGUAUGAACAACAUUAUUUACUUUUGUAUUUAAGAACCCUACCCAUGGAUAAUUUGGAAGCAUUUAUCACAAACUCUAUGGGUUGAGUAUUA